AUAUAGCUUAUCUGUAACGUUAUGCAUAAAAUAUCUAAAAUGCCAAGACCGGGCACUGAAGGAAACUGAUUGAACUAACCAAGAAUAAAGCGUCAGAAAAAUAUGGGAUACAAGAUCCCAGGGGCUGCCAUGGAUCGUGUUAGCCAACUUUGGCGGUUGAGGCGCCGGGCCCGACGAGGGGCCCUGUGCAUGGCACUGUUCUGUAUGACUAUGGCUCUCCUGUACACCUUUUGCGCUGAAAACAGCAUACCGGUCACAGAUGCCAUUUUCGGGGUGAAGGCGAGAACUCGAGCUCAGCCAAGAGCGCGUACAAUUGUUAAGGUAUUGCGGGGAACAGGAGGGUCGAAACCCAUGUAUACUGACCCUCAAAAGCUCCCAGGUGUUAUUCCUGGAGAUCCUCAAAAGCCUAUUCCCAUCCUGUCGUCUUCUAACUACUCAAUGGAGAGCGGUACUAAGGACCGCAACCUCAGGGGCAAACGAAGAGAGCGUGGGCUAUUUUACUGGCUUCUAUCACAACCGCUGAGACGUGCUUUAGAGACUAUUUUUGGAGGCCGACGGAGAGGAGAUGCGGGUGCCGCAAAUGGGGAUGCUGUUGUUUUUGGGCCUAAUGGAGCACUCGGAGAGGUCUGGAAUGAAGAGAUGUCAAGUAGCAUGCUGGGAAAAAGGCUGAGGAAGGUGGUGCAGAACUAUCAGGCAAUGAAUAAAUAUGGAGUUCGUUACCCUGGACCUGAGAGUGCAGCACGUCGUUCUAAACUCAGUGGCCCUGAACUUCUUUGUCAAAUCAAGAAGAUGGUUCAGAUUGCAACUUUAACACCAGAUAUGGAGCCAUUUUCUGGGUUUCCUUGGGCCUCUCAGUUACCUCCGCGCCAAAUAACUGCUGAUAUCGGCCCGUUUAAGACCUGCGCAGUGGUAUCGUCUGCAGGUUCUCUCAAAAACUCUGGAUUAGGAAAGGAAAUAGAUGCACAUGAUGCAGUGAUACGGUUCAAUGCUGCACCAACAACAGGCUUUGAGAAAGAUGUGGGCUCUAAAACAACAGUGCGUCUGAUCAAUUCCCAGGUAAUGGCAUCUGAAGACCAUCAUUUCCUCUCCAGUUCUUUGUACAGUGCUGGGAUUUUAGUGAGCUGGGAUCCAGGCCCUUAUUCCUCUGAUCUACAGGAGUGGUUCAACAAGACAGAUUACCCUAUAUUUAAGCAGUAUCAGCGAUAUCGACGCUUACACCCUCAACAGCCAUUUUAUAUUCUGCACCCACGAAUGGAAUGGCAGCUGUGGCAGCGAAUACAAGACAAUAUGGUGGAGACGAUACAAAAAAACCCACCCUCAUCAGGCUUGUUGGGCACAGUUUUAAUGAUGUCCCUGUGUGAAGUGGUACAUGUGUACGAGUUCCUGCCUUCGCGACGGAAAACCGAGCUGUGCCACUACUACCAGCGUUUCAGUGAUGCAGCUUGCACCCUAGGUGCCUACCACCCUUUACUCUACGAGAAGAACCUGGUAAAGAGGAUGAACAAGGGGUCUGACCAUGACAUUUACACUCAUGGCAAGGUCACUCUCCCUGGGUUCAUGACCUUUGACUGCACCAACAGUUCCACUUCCAGCACUCUGUCAAAGACAUAAUCUGAGGGUAAACUGAUUUUUUUGGUACACUUUCAGAAUGUAACAGUAAAGCGCAUUAUUUAGUCUACAACUGUAACAAGUAUAGUCUGGUCUUUGAGUGAGAUCAAGAGUUGGAUCACUGGUGGAAAAUAAAAACCUAACACACUAACGAUUGCUUCCUGAAGGGAACUAAAUUCACACAGACACAAAAUGCUGAAUACAGUGGCAAGUUCUGUAUAUGUGUAAACUACUGUCUAUCAUUCCUUAACUUAGUGGUAAAUUCACACUGUUUGCUGUUAAAUAACAGGAAAAAGAUCUCAAUACCACUUAUCUGCCUCUCAUGUGAGAUGCAACCACUGAAAAUGACUUUCAAGCACUGCCUGACACAUUACAGCACUGAUGUCAAAAGAACUGGAAUUUACAAUCUAACAACAAACAUACAGAUUAUUAGACAAGAAAAUAGCCAAAAUUCUGUCCAUAAACGUGUAGCAUGCAAAACUCUUAUGUCCAAAGCCGGCCUGCUGCUUCCAUAAUGUGCAGGUUUUCAAUUUAUGCAACACAAUCCUAACACAUCAUUCAUGCAAUAUUGGUAAUGAUUUGCCAGCAGACACAUGUCAUUAGCAAAAUAAUGCUUUAAAUGUAUGUAUUUUAUGAAAGCUGUAUUUCAAGGCCUGGAGAUCUGUAUGCAUUCAGUGUUUACACUGUGACGUCUUUCCUCUCAUAGCACUCUGUAACCAGUUGUAGGGCCGUGGAGAAUGUCCUUGCAUGCUUUACUGAAAUUGCACUAUAUCAUACCUUUGGUAAACCUGUAUUUAGUUGUAUUUAUGAACUUGGUGAGAAGGAAACUACAGAAUGUGCAUGUUUGUCCUGUUUUAUACAGAUUCAAAUUCAGUUUAGGCUCUUAAAACAUGAAAGCUGAUACCCUUAUGCAUUUGGAAGAGAAAAGGGUGUUUACUUUUCAUAGUAGUAUUAUUUUUUUCAGUGUGUUGAUCCAGGGUGUGUCAUUGUAUCCCACAUCCAUUAUAUUUACUCAAACACACAGAUUGCAGUAUGUAAAUACCAAAACACAAUUACUAAUACUGACUGCGCCUAGUGAUUGUUCAUAUGAAUCCUGAAUGAUGCGAGACAGGGUCUUAAUAUUCAUAUAUUAAUUAGUCUAAAAGUUAACAUGAAAUCGCAAAUGACCUCACUUGCUUUUAAAAUCAUACCUUUGUACACUUCUGAAACAACUUUUUGGUCAACACAAAUGGUUUUAUGUUGGCUUUACAGUAGAAUUGUGAAGCUUAAAUGUGAAUUGAAUUGAGUA